AGACUGCACGGACAGAGGACCUUUUUGGCUGCCCAGUGUGCCAUGUGCCAGUGAGGCUUUUCAAGGUCUUAAAAAUGCGAGGGAUCGUGCCGUCGCCCUUGCCGGCCGCAUACAAAAGGAAUGGUAAAACCACCCCUGGUUUGCUGGCGAAUCCCUUCAUAAGCCACUUCAUCAGCCCAUCCCUUCCUAACAUCCACCACCGGUCACCGCCUGCCAUUUCCUCGCCCAACGUGACCAAUUUCCACACCCAUAUCCACUCAGGAAGCUGCACGUUCCGACUGCCCAGGCAUAAACCUUGUCAGCCAAUUCGAUCACUUUCAUCCCAACCUUCUCACCGUCCAGAUUUCUCUCCACCAGGUCGUCCGAAGCCUACUAAAUCAGCAACUCAAACCCGGCGUCUGAAGUCAACAAACAGCUUGACCUCUUCACUCUCUCAAAAACACAUCCUCAACACUCACUACCUUUCCCGAUCCACAAAAAUGGCAGGGCCUUCGGACGCUAUUCGGCGCAAGCACAAGGUGACGGUUGUCGGGUCGGGCAACUGGGGCACGACGGUGGCGAAGCUCGUCGCUGAGAACACCAAGGAGCACUCGGAUAUCUUUGAGGAAGAUGUGCAGAUGUGGGUGUACGAGGAGAACGUGACAAUCCCUUCCGAUUCACCCCACCACGCCGCCGUUGGGGACAAGCCCCAGAAACUCACGGAGGUGAUCAACACAUACCACGAGAACGUCAAAUACCUUCCUAAGAUUCCGCUCCCGAGCAACGUCGUCGCGAACCCCUCGCUAGUCGACGCCGUCAAAGACUCGUCCAUCCUUAUCUUCAACCUCCCCCACGAGUUUAUCGGCAACGUCUGCAAGCAGAUCAAGGGUCACAUUCUCCCGUACGCCCGGGGCGUGAGCUGCAUCAAGGGUGUUACGGUAACGGAGGACAAAGUCGAGCUUAUCUGCGAGUACAUCAGCGAGUCGCUAGGGAUCUACUGCGGUGCUCUGAGCGGCGCCAACAUCGCGAACGAGAUUGCGAACGAGCUGUGGUGCGAGACAACAAUUGCGUACAACACACCGCUGUGCGACCGGCGGGGGGAGAACGGGUCGAAUGGGGCAAACGGAGAGCACCACCGGGACGCCCGCGGCCAGAUCAGCAAAACGGAGCUCACCCCCGUGCCGCAAGACUACCCCCCCGCCGACCACAACGAACUCCGGAAGCUCUUCGACCGACCCUACUUUACCGUCUCGAUGGUGUCGGACGUGGUUGGCGUGUCGCUCGCCGGCGCACUCAAGAACAUUGUUGCCCUCGCAUGCGGUUUCAUCGAGGGCCACGGCUGGAACAUGACGGCUAAGACGGCCGUGAUGCGCCGGGGCAUGCUCGAGACGAUCCAGUUCUGCCAAGAGUUCUUCCCUGAGACGAUCCAGGAGAUGACGUUCUGGGAGAGCGCCGGCUGGAGCGACAUGAUUGUGAGCUGCACAUCGGCGCGGAACUGGCGCUACUCCAAGAUGGCGGUCGAGCGCGGCGUGUCUCUAUACGAGGUUGAGCGGACCGAGUUGAAUGGCCAGAAGCUGCAGGGCAUCUCCACAACGAAGGAGGUCAUGAGUUUCCUGAAGGCGCGCGGUGUACAGGACAAGUACCCGCUCUUCAAGGCGGUCGAAGGGAUUGUGGAUGGGACAUUUGAAGUGAAGGAUAUCCCGGUGCUGUUUAGACAGUAAAUGCGGCAUUACGAGCGGAGUAUGUAGACGGGUUUCGCUUUGAUGGGGUCGCAUCGUCCCACACGGGAUGAGGGACCACCCAGCGAUUAUGUCUUUAAUCAACUUUGAACAAGCGUCCUGCAUUUCAUGGAUGAUAUUGAACUCCUCUAAAAU